CAGCAAACCUGUUCACCUUUAACCAUGUUUACAUUAUUGUUUAUUGUCAUUUAUUGUGUUUCCUUAUAUCAACAGAAGUAGCAAAUAUCUUUGCAAUUUACAGUUUUUUUUGCAGUCAAAAAGCACAACAGUACCCACAGCAUCUGACAACAUAGAGCAAAGCAAAAAAAAGAAUAAUGUCUAAUAUUAGCAUAUCAAAUGUUUCAACUUCUAGUCCUCGAUCAAAUAUAAAAAUUGCUGCCGGAGCAGUAGUUUGUGAUGAAAGUAUUCUUAAAGGAGAUAUAACAAUUGGUCCAAGAACUGUAAUUCAUCCAAAAGCAAUAAUUAUAGCAGAAGCAGGUCCCAUUAUUAUAGGCGAAGGAAAUAUUAUCGAAGAAAUGGCAACAAUAGUUAACAAAUUGCCUGACGAUACACCAAGACUUGCAACAGUUCCAGUUCAAAUUAUCGGAAAUUAUAAUGUUUUUGAAGUUGACAGCACAUGCGAAGCAAGUAAAGUUGGUGACAAUAAUAUUCUUGAAACAAAAGCAUUCGUUGGUCGAGAAGUUGAAUUGACUAAUGGCUGCAUAAUAGGUGCUGCUUGUUCUAUAUCGGAAUCAGAAAUUUUACCUGAAAAUACUAUUGUUUAUGGAAGCCAGUGUCAGCGUAGAGAAAUGAGUGAUAAACCAUACCCGCAAGUUGGACAAUUGGAUUUUUUAAUGCGUGUACUACCGAAUUAUCAUCAUCUUCGAAAACCUAAUAUGAAAUUAAAGACUGAUUCAACCAUGCAAUAGAUUGUAACUUAUUGUUUCUAAAAGAUAUUUAUUUUGUUUCUAUUUUGUAAUUAAUAUGCAAUAUAUAUAUUAAAUUAUA